AUGGAUUCACCACCACUUCCAGCAACCAAUGGCACCUCACUUACAAAGCACCCUGAAUCCAAUGGGUCUUCUUCACUAUCCAAACACGAGUUCGAACGCCAAGUAGCCGAGCUACUAGAAUCUCAAGUCAAUUGCCAACAGCACAUGUCCAACGACAUGAAAGCAGUACAAAGCACCAUUCAACAACUCAAGACCGCCAUCGAUACCAUGGAUAUCAAAACACGUCGUCUACAAGAGCUGGUAUCCAAUGUUACGCCUAAGCUACAUAGUCUCCAGGAUACCUUAUCGCAACUCGUAUCAGAGCAACAGCAUUUAAUACCUGAAGUGGUAUCUUCCGUAUGCAACAGGACUGGUACCAGCAUCAAUGACAAUGACAAUAGCGCCAAGGAAGUUCAAACUAUUAUUGAAGGGUUUCUGAAACGAGUAACGGAUCAAAUGCAGUCCACAGUCGAGGAACAUCAUCAAGCUCUCUUCAAGAUGUUGGAUGCCGACAACAAAUUGAAUUUGCAUAAGACACAAUCACCACACCCAUCUUCUUCUCCUCCUCCUCCUCCUCCUCAACAACAACAACAACAACGAUCCUCACCACCCAAGCGAUCAUGGCCAUCACGUAUGAUUGUAUGUCCAGAACUUUCAGAUGAUGAUGAUGAUGAAGAAGGUAUCGAAGGAUAUGAAAACAGCCAACAACAGAGCAAGAUUAACAAUGAUGAUAAUGAUGAUGCCAAGAAGGAUUUGGGGAGGCAAGUAUAUUAUACACUACCCUUUCAUUAUGCAUUGCGUGUAUGUUAA